UAAGACGGGGAAAAGAUGUUCCAGGUUGGCCAGGAAUAAAAAUGGACACUACCAUUGGUAGAAUUUACACGAUUCACCCAAAUCAAAAAAAUGACGAGCAAUGGAAUAAUGCUCUAGCGGAUGCAACUCUUUCAGAAAGUUCUUCAAAAUUAAGAGAAUUAUUCGCAAUAAUCAUAGUUUUCUGCCAACCAUCUGAACCUCAAUCUUUGUGGGAACAGUUCAGAAAUGAUUUUUGUGAAGAUAUUCUUCAUACAGAGCGCACUCGAUUAAAUGACUUGCAAUUUACUUUUUCUGAUGAAAUAUUUAAUAGAGGAUUGAUUGAAAUAGAAGAUAAAGUUGUUUGUCUGUCUGAAAAAUAUUUAACUGAAUUGGGAAUGAACUCACCUGUUCGAAAUGAAAAUGCAUCUGAUCCUUUUGAAUUCUCAAUUUUGCGUUCUUACGAUAAUAACCGAUUACAAGAAUUUGUAGAAUAAUCUACCUCAUAAUAACCUCCGCAUAAGCUAAAAUUAAAAAUUGGUGAUCCAAUUACAUUAUUACGUAAUCUUCAACCACCGAACUUAU